CCUCUCUGCAACCUUCUACGGUGACGACGACGACGACGACUACGGUUACAUCGGAAUAUUCUUAAGCACUGAUAUGGCGACGGCAUCUAGUAAUGUAAGUAAGAAGUGUUUCGAUCGUCGAGACCGUCUUCGUGAGAUAGAAUCAAAGGUUAAAAAAUGGUGGGAAGAGGAAGAUGUUUUCAAAUCAGAACCUGGUGAAAACCCUCCAAAACCGGGUGAAAAAUUCUUCGGCAAUUUCCCUUUUCCUUACACGAAUGGUUACCUUCAUUUAGGCCAUGCAUUUUCUCUUUCCAAGUUGGAAUUCGCAGCAGCUUUUUACCGAUUGAGAGGCGCCAAUGUGCUUCUGCCAUUUGCCUUUCAUUGUACCGGCAUGCCGAUGAAAACUUCUGCUGAUAAACUCGCUAGAGAAAUUCAACAAUUCGGAAACCCACCCGUGUUCCCGGGGGUACAAGAAGACAAUGCCAUGGGUGCCGAGGGUGCUUCCGACGAUGAUUCCAAUGCCAAACCUUCGGUUAAUAACAAGUACAAAGGGAAGAAGUCUAAGGCUGCUGCAAAAUCAAGCGGACAGGCUUAUCAGUGGGAGAUUUUGAGGAGUGUUGGUAUAUCAGAUGAAGAGAUUUCAAAGUUUCAGGAUCCUUAUAAGUGGCUUACUUAUUUUCCACCUUUGGCUGUAGAGGAUCUUAAGGCAUUUGGUUUAGGUUGUGAUUGGAGAAGGUCGUUUAUUACGACCGAUAUGAACCCUUAUUUUGAUUCUUUCGUUAGGUGGCAAAUGAGGAAAUUGAAGUCAUUGGGGAAGGUUGUUAAAGAUGUUAGGUAUACAAUUUUUUCGCCUUUGGAUGGACAACCGUGUGCUGAUCAUGAUAGGGCUAGUGGUGAAGGUGUUCAGCCUCAAGAGUAUAUGAUUAUCAAGAUGGAGUUGGUAUCGCCUUUUCCUGAUAAAUUUAAGGCUCUUGAAGGAAAGAAGGUUUUUCUUGCUGCUGCGACGUUGAGACCCGAGACUAUGUAUGGUCAAACAAAUGCAUGGGUUUUGCCUGAUGGAAAAUAUGGAGCAUUUGAAAUCACUGAAACUGAGGUCUUUGUUCUUACACAUAGAGCAGCACUUAACCUUGCUUACCAGAACCACUCAAGAGUACCUCAGGAACCCACUUGCUUGCUUGAGCUCACAGGUCAUGAUUUGAUCGGCCUUCUACUUAGGUCUCCGCUUGCGUUAACUGAGGUUAUAUUUGUACUUCCUAUGCUGUCUAUUUUGAUGAAUAAAGGUACUGGGGUGGUGACCAGCGUGCCUAGUGAUGCUCCGGAUGAUUACAUGGCCUUGAAGCAUUUGAAGAAGAAACCAGAAUUUAGGGCCAAGUACGGUGUAAAGGAUGAAUGGGUGAUGCCGUUUGAUAUUGUGCCUAUUAUUGAAGUUCCAGAGUUUGGAAAUAAGUGUGCAGAGACAGUUUGUUUGCAAAUGAAAAUCGAAAGUCCGAAUGAGAGAGUUAAGCUUGCAGACGCGAAGGAUAUAACAUACUUGAAAGGAUUCUCCCAAGGAAUAAUCAUUGUUGGAGAAUUUAAAGGGAGGAAAGUUCAAGAAGCUAAGCCAUUGAUUAGGAGAAAGCUUUUGGAAACAGGUCAAGCUAUUGUGUACAGUGAACCCGAGAGGCCGGUGAUGUCAAGAUCUGGUGAUGAAUGUGUUGUUGCUUUGACAGAUCAGUGGUAUAUAACAUAUGGGGAAUCAGAAUGGAAGAAAUUAGCUGAAGAUUGCUUGUCUAGCAUGAACCUGUAUUCGGAUGAGACACAAAAUGGAUUCGACCAUACUUUAAGUUGGUUGAACCAGUGGGCUUGCUCACGAUCAUUUGGUCUUGGGACACGAAUACCAUGGGAUGAACAGUUCCUAGUUGAGUCCUUAUCUGAUUCCACCAUUUACAUGGCUUAUUACACUGUUGCACACCAUUUGCAGAAUGGCGACAUGUAUGGAACUAAUGAAUCUGCUAUCAAACCUCAACAGCUGACUGAUGAUGUCUGGGAUUAUAUUUUUUGCGGUGGUCCUUUUCCUAAGUCCACGGAUAUUUCAUCAACCGUUUUAGAAAGAAUGAAGCUGGAGUUUGAGUAUUGGUAUCCUUUUGAUCUUCGAGUUUCUGGUAAGGAUCUCCUUCAGAACCAUCUUACUUUCUGCAUUUACAACCACACUGCAAUUUGGUCCAAGCGUCACUGGCCUCGUGGGUUUAGGUGCAAUGGUUUCUUACUGCUCAAUAAGGAAAAAAUGUCCAAGUCCACUGGAAAUUUCAGGACUCUUCGUCAGGCAAUUGAAGAGUUUUCUGCUGAUGCUACACGUUUCGCUUUGGCGGAUGCUGGUGAUGGCGUUGAUGAUGCAAAUUUUGUUUUCGAGAAAGCAAAUAAGGCAAUUCUCGAUCUCACCCAACAGAUUGCCUGGUAUGAAAAAAUUCAGGAUGCAAAAUCUUCUAUGAGAACUGGUGCCCCGUCUACUUAUGCUGAUCGCGUGUUUGCCAAUGAGAUAAACAUUGCUAUCAAAACAACUGAGCAAAAUUACACCAACUUCAUGUUUCGAGAAGCCCUUGUUAGUGGCUUUUACGGUCUUCAGGCUGCAAGGGAUGAGUAUAGGUUGACAUAUAAGGAGAAUAAUCAGGAUAAUGUAAAAGAUUACAAUCAGGAAUUGGUGUGGCAUUUUAUGGAUGUGCAGACACGUCUUCUAGCACCUAUCUGUCCACAUUAUGCAGAGUUUAUUUGGAGAGAGAUUUUGAAGAAGGAGGGUUUUGUGGUGAAAGCAGGUUGGCCAACCGCUGAUGCUCCCGAUCUUACACUGAAGAGCGCCAAUAAAUAUUUGCAGGACUCUAUUGAUUCGAUAAGAAAGUUACUUGAGAAGAAAAUUCCAGGCUCAAAGAAAGCAAACAAACAAGGUGCUCUUGCUACAGCAUUGAAAGAAAACAAGAUAACAUGCUUGAUAUUUGUAAAUGAACAGUUUGAUGGUUGGAAAGCCGUGUGCCUAAGUAUUCUCCAGAACAAAUUCAACAGAGAUACCCGAACUUUUGCUCCACACUCAGAAAUAUUGGAGGCCAUACGACAGAGUUCUGUAGGUCAAUCUUUCGAUUUUAAACAAAUUCAAAAGAUAUGUAAUCCUUUCUUGAAGUUUAAGAAGGAUGAAGCGAUUGCACUCGGGGAACAAGCCCUGGAUUUGAGAUUGCCAUUUGGUGAAAUUGAGGUUCUUCGGGAAAACAAGGACUUCAUCAAGAGACAGAUAAGUUCAAAAGAACUGGUAGUGCAAGAUGUUGAAAUUUUAUCUGCAGCAGAUGCUGAUUCUGUGGCUAAAGCUGGAUCAUCGUCUUCUCUAAAUCAAAAUCCUCCAUCCCCUGGAGUCCCAACUGUCAUCUUUUUAACUCAGUAGCGACGAGGUUUUAGAUAUGGGAUUUGAUCAAGAUCUUGUGUUGGAGGUGUUCUUCGCAUGAAAUGAAAAAGAGGAUCUGCUGCUAACCAAAAGAGUUUAACGACUAGACAAAAUUCCACUUCAUCUUCUUUAUUUCAACUCUGAUAUAUAAAUUUACUAAAUAAAAUCUUUGUGUAAGUUGUUCACACUUUAAUCGUAAUUUCUACGUUCA